AUGCGCCGACGGUUCGCCGAUGUCCUUGGCAUCGGGUACCUCGUUGUCUCCAUGGGACUCAGCUGCUAUUCUCUCUACCUCUUUGCCCCGUACAUGGCCAACGACUUUUUCUGGCGCGACUUUGACGCGACCACCGUCUCGACAGCGCUCGCAGCAGCCUUUCGCACGCAGCUUUUGGGCAAUGCGUCGCGUCAUAGCUUCGACUUGAUGGCCUUUGAGAAUGGAGUGCCGCUAGCUCAGUACGACGCGCGCGGAAAUACCCGCGUCUUCACGCGCAUGCUCCUGUACGACAAGCUGACGACAGUGCAAGAUGGGAUCAACGGCCUUCGCCGCCUCGAGACGAGACUCGUGACGAACCUCAUGACGGCGUACUGCUGGGUCGACUUGCAGCAGCGCUGGGCGCUCGCGCACUCGGCGGCGCGGCAAGAGCGCUGCGUAGCUCGGUACACCGCCAAUGGCGCCGUGUACCUCGAAGCGACGCUACGCAACAUCCAGCUCCGCGACUGGCUCGACUUGAACGGCGCGCGAUUCAACUUUGCGAUUGCCGACGCUGUGGCGGCCAGUAUCGAUGGCCAGCGCUGGCUGUCGUCACUGAUGGCCCACGAGUGGGUUUCGGUGCCUGACGAGGUCGAUCUCUGGGCGUCAUUUCAUGUGACCCGCUACGAGCUGCAGUACGCCAACCGUGUCGCCACAGGCAUUCAAGAUACCGUUGACGUGACCAACGCCAUGGGUCAAGUUCGGUCGCUCGUCAUAGGGUCGUCACCCACCAGGGCACGAGAGGCAGGGUGGACGACCGGCAACCUGGUCGGCACCUUUGAGUACGAUCUCCAGGCGCUCGGCCACAACCAGAGCCUCGUGCGCAAUGCAACGACGUUUUUUGGAUCCAGCGAUCCACUGCUCCUUGUGGAAUUCAACUACGGUGUCCCGACCCCGUACGAGGUGCUGUAUCGCUCGUCACAGCUGUCCAACGCUUCCGAACUGCCGUCCUAA